AUGCAAUCUGAUUAAACAUAGAUGAAUGAAAUAGAUUAGAACUAAAAGUAUGAAUAACUUUUAGAGUGGGGUAUAGAGAAUGGUGUAAAGAUGAAGGGUGUAUAAAUUCCAGCUUUUUUUGAAGAUGUUAUAGGUGUAAUUGCAACAGAAGACUUACCAUCAAAUAGUGUAAGUAUAUUCAAUUAGAUUUGAAUAGGCAAUAAUUUGUAUUCCAUAAUCAUUAAUAAUUUCACCUAAUAAAUGUAAACGGAGCAAUCUUAAUUAGGUUUAUAAUAGUCAUCCAGAGGUGUUUGAUUAGGAAGAAACUAAUGAUGGAGACUUUAAUAUCUUAAGUAUGAAUAUGUAUGUAUCUGAGUUUUUUAUAUAUUUAAUGAAAAGAAGAAGGGAGAAUAAUCAUUUUAUUAUCCUUAUAUAAAUGCAAUUUAGAGUAAAAAUACAUUAUUGGGUUGGUCGAAUGAUGAUUUAUAGAAGAUUGAAGAUACAAUAAUAUUGGAGGAAUUCGGAAUUAUAAAAUAAGAUGUUUUAGGAUUAUGGGGUAAAGCUAAAUUAAUUUUUGAUAAUAAUGAAAAUGUAUUUGGAGAAUCUAGAAUAACAGAUAAGAGAGAUUUUUAUUGGGCAGUUGAAUGUGUAAUGAGUAGAUGUUUUGAAUGGGCUUAGAAAUCUACUUGUUUAAUUCCAAUAGCAGAUUUCCUUAAUCAUUCUAAUAAGGCAUGUACACAUUAUGUGAUUCAUUAAGGGUUUGAAAAAGGUAUUGUUUAAUAAAUAGAUAAAAAGAAUUGUGAAUAACAAUAUAUUUAAAAAAGAAACAAAAUUGAUUUAAGUAUUUUAGGUAUUGAAAAUGGAAAUGAUAUUUAAAGAUAUGAGGAUCAGAAAAUCAAAUAUAUUAUAGAGAACAAAGAAUAUAUAGAAGAUAUAAAUUAAAUUAAAGAUUUAGAUAAGAAAUCAAAGAAUGAAUAAAGAGAAAUAAUAAAUUAAAUUUAAUAGAAUUAAUUGAUUAAGGAUGGAUAAUUAAAUAUUUGGGAUUUAGAUUCAAUUUCAUCUUCUGAUAAUGAAGAUAAUGAUUCUGAUGAAGAAAUUAAAUAAGAGAAAUAAAAAUAAUUUGAAAUAUUAAAAAUUAAAGAAUUGGCAGAAUUGAAAUUAAGAGAAGAAUAAAAAAGAAUAGAAAGAGAAUAUUAAUAAAUAAAUAUAUCAAAUUAACGUAUAGUAACAGUAACAUUGAAUCCAGGUAAGAUUAAUAAAAAAUAACAUAGAAAAGAAAAAUAAAGUGAUUAUUAGAGGAUUACCUUAAUAUUAGAUUGAAGCAAUAAAAGCAAAAUAGUAAAUGAUGAAUGGAAGAUUAAUAAGUGAAGGAAAAGAAUCAAUUAAAUAAAAUGAUAAUUAAAGUGAGAAUAGUGAAGAAUCGAAAUGGGAUUGGUUAGACGAAUAUGAUCAAGAUAUUUAUUUUUGUAUAGUUAGCACAAUACCAAUAAAGAAAUUUGAAUAAGUAACUAUUUCAUAUGGUAAAAGAACUAAUAGAUUUUUAUUAUGUUGGUAUGGAUUUGCAUUACCAGAAAAUGUGUAUAGUUCCUAUAAUUUUAGAGUAAUUUAUUCAUUAAUUAAUUAAAGUUAUGGUUAAAUACUGAUAUCCUUUAAGAGAAGAAUAAAGAAUAGAUAUUGAAUACAAUUAUCAUAAAGAAAUUAAUAUCUGAGGAUGAAUCUAUUAUAGAUAAGAUUUCAUGUAAUGGAUAUGAAAUUGCUGUAUCAUCUUUAUCACAAGAAUUUAGAAUCAAGAAACACAAAUUGAAUAUGGACAUAAUCAUAUUUUUAAGAUUGUUAUUAUCAAUUCAUUAUAAUCAUGAAAAAGGAUUACUAAGUACUAUUCCAUUAUCAAUUGAUUUUGAAAUAUUUGUGAUGCAAUUUUAUGAUUCAAUAUUGAAUCAUCUUUUAAAUUCUUAUUCUUAAGAUUUUAAUUAAGAUGUUAAGGAAUUGGAAUAAACAAGAGAAAUUAAAAAAAGAUUUGCUGUAAUUAUUUUAUUUUUAUUAUUUAGAUUUAUAUUAAUAAAGAAAGAAAGGAAAUUUUAAUAAAUUAAAUUAAGAUAGUUUUAGAAGCAAUCAUAAUAUUAAACAAGUUUAAAUAAAAUAGAAAAUUGAAAGAGAACUAUCUUAUGGAGGAUUUCUCAAUAGUAAAAGGAUUAAAGAGAUAUCUUCAAUUGAUAAAUGAAUUUUUAUGA